GGUGGCUGGCGAAGUACAAACACCUUUUUUUUUUCAGGCGAGGGAGGUACCACGAGAGUCUACAACAGUACUUUCCAUGCUAUUCGCACCAUCGUCAAACAGGAGGGCGCCUUCAAACUCUAUACAGGGUUGUCGGCAGGGCUGCUAAGGCAGGCAACCUACACGACUGGUCGAUUGGGCGUCUACACGAGCCUCUUUGAGUAUGUCAGCUCACGUUCACAGUCGGGCAGUCCACCCUCCUUUCUAGCGAAGAUGACAAUUGGCCUUACUGCUGGUAUUCUCGGUUCCUUCGUUGGCACCCCAACUGAGGUCUGCCUUAUUCGUAUGACUGCUGACGGCAAACUUCCAGUUGCUGAACGAAGGAACUACACCAAUGUGUUCAACGCCCUAUACCGAAUUUACAAGGAGGAGGGUCUUUUCGCCCUUUGGAGGGGCGCCCUACCGACGAUGGGUCGAGCAGCGGUGGUGAACGUAGCCCAGCUAGUUUCUUAUUCUCAGUUCAAACAGAUCAUUUUAGAAAGCAAUCUAAUGCAAGAUGGCUUCGGUGUACAUUUGGCGGCAAGCAUGUGCUCUGCCCUUAUAACCACUAUUGCCUCUCUACCCGUCGAUAUCGCCAAGACACGCAUCCAAAAUAUGCGCACAAUUAAUGGCCGACCUGAAUACUCCGGUAUCAUUGACGUAUUGAGUCGAACGGUGAGGUCAGAGGGGGUGAUGGCAUUGUGGAAAGGGUUUACUCCUUAUCUUUUCCGUAUUGGACCUCACACGAUACUCACCUUCGUUAUUUUGGAACAACUCAACUCUUUGUAUAACAUCUACGUCCUCGGCAACAAGUCCGGCUGUGCCAGUAGUGGGCUUUGA